GUCUCAGAGAAAGAAAUCAGUCACUCAGAGAAACCGUCUUCUGUCUCUGAUUGUCAGAUCAAACUGCAGACUGCAGACUGGUGGUGAUUGGUGCUGUUAGCGAGGCUUUCAGUCCUCCUCCACCUCCUCCACCCGCCCCCUCUGACCUCGGACCUAAGUAAAGAGGAAGCUGUGGUGAUUGCUGCUGAGUGUUUCUUCAGUCUCACUCUGUCAGCGCUGAGUAUCGAUACGAUCAGAGCUGGAGAAUCAACACCGAGGACACAUGUUCAUCGUUAUCUGUCCAUCAGCUGCUCCUCCAUCAUGGUUCCAUCAGUCCUCCUCCUCCUCGUCUUCCUCGUCCUGCUGAGCUCUGCCGGCUCGCUGCCUCCUCCACGAACCUCCUUCCUCCUCAACUCUGCAGACAGACCUCUGGUCUUCUUCAGCCUCCCCGACGUCCACAACACAACCACGCUGUUGCUAAGCGACAAUGGAUUCACCCUGUACGUAGGGGCGCGGGACGCCGUCCUCUCAUUGGAUGUCAGUCAGAGUGAUGUCAUCAAACUGAAGAAGAGGGUGGAUUGGCGUCCAUCCGAGAGUGAAAUAAACGACUGUCAAGAUAAAGGGAAGAACGCAACGGUCGACUGUCCAAACUUUGUGAGUGUUUUGCAGCUGAUAAACUCCACCCACCUCUACGCGUGUGGCAGCUACGCCUACAGCCCCCAUGAUGCCUUCAUCGACGCAGAAAGCUUCUCGAUGGUCCGACAUGACGAUGCUAAACCUAAAGCUCGCUGUCCGUUCAGCCCCGUCCAGAGGAACACCGCCAUCACCGUUGACGGCGAGCUCUUCACCGCCACAACCACCGACUUCAGAGGAGUCAAACCACAGAUUUCUCGACACUUCAGCAAAGAUGGCCGCCAAGACGUCAGCCAGGACUCGUCGUUCAGUUUACUGGAGGAGCCCACAUUUGUCAGCUCGGCGUCGGACCCGUCAGACAGGAAACUCUACUUCUUCUUCAGCGAAAUCGGGACAGAGUUCAGCUUCGUAGACGAUUUGCGAAUUGCCCGAGUGGCUCAAGUCUGCAAGGAUGACGUCGGAGGACAGAGGACACUGCAGAACAAGUGGACGUCCUUCGCCAAAGCUCCUCUGCUCUGUCAGUUCCCUAAACAGCUUCCCUUCAACGUUCUCCAGGACGUGUUCACCCUUCCGCCAGGAGAGGGUGGCAACACCUCCGACACGCUGUUCUACGGCGUCUUUACCUCUCAGUGGUCUUCGGGUCCAGAAUCGGCCGUGUGCGUCUUUUCGUUGAAGGACGUUAGGGCGGCAUUCACCGGGAGCUACCGGACCUUUGACAUGCAGACCCACCAGUGGAGUCUGACAGUGGGAAAACUCUCCUACCUGGGGCAGUGUGGACUGGACAGCGCUACAGAUUCUGAAUUAGCGCAGGUGAAGAAGAGUUUCCUGACCAGCGACAGCGUCGGAGGCAGUCCCAUCGUUGUUUCUUCAGGGCAGCAGUACAGUCACGUUACUGCGAUGAGGACGCAGGCCGCCGAUGGCAAACAGUAUACUGUCCUCUUCCUUCUUACAGAGUCUGGAUUCCUCCACAAAGUGGUUUUGUUGGAUAGGGGUGCUCGUGUUAUUGAGGAGAUUCAGGUCUUCACACAACCUCAGCUGGUCAGAAGCAUCGUCCUCUCCUCCUCCAAGGGAGUUCUCUAUGUGGGGACAUCGGAGGGCGUGACCGGCGUACCUGUGGCCAGGUGCUCCAUCUACAGAAGCUGCAGUCAGUGUGUUCUGGCCAGAGAUCCUCUGUGUGGAUGGAGCCGGACCGCCAGCGUCUGCACCAGACUGGACCACAGUCACCACAACAUGGCUCAAGACCUGAAGGACGGCAACGUGGUAGAACAAUGUCGGGGAGAAACCAGGGCCAGCCUGGUCACAGAAGUCAACGUUCAUUUGAACACAGCGGUGAGGCUUCAGUGUGUGAAUCCUUCUAACCUGCCCACACUGACCUGGACCUCCCCUCGGUUCCCUCAGCUGCCGGAGAGCCUCUUUAUCCAGUCAGCUGACGGCAGCCUGAGCUUCCUAGCCACCGCCGACACCUUCGAGACGUACCGCUGCGAGGCGGAGGAAGAUGGAUACAAGGAGGAAGUCGCCAGCUACGUUGUCCGACCGGUUGCUCCUCCUCGCUCCUCAGGCCCCAUUACGAAGGCCGACAGAUUCCAUGUGACCAAUGGCAAAGAAGAAUCCUACGGGAACAUCUCCUACGAGGACAUCUUUAUUGAGGAACCGAUGACAUCUACGAUACCGCCAGGAGACCCAGAGGACGACCCGAUGAAAGACAAAGGUCAUACAUUCAUGACCUCUUCAAAAGACAAGACCAACUCCAGUAAAGAAGAUUCUGGAUGGAACAGCAGUUUGGGCUACACCCCAACCUCCAGAAGUGACUCCCAGUCCCAGAAGGAGACGCUCCAUGACGCUUUCGUUAAAGAGAAGAGUUACUACAGCGAGCUGAUUGUGGUUUGCAUCCUACUGGUGACCUGCAUCUCCGUCCUGAUGCUCGGAGGCCUCUACCUGUGGAGCCAGAGGAAGACCGGAAAAAUGAGUCCUCUGGUCAGUCCAGAGGACGACAGCAAAACAAACCGGUAUAUGGAGAGUGUUCCCUCUUUGAGCUGCCCUGAGGAUGCUGGUCCUGAGCUGAAGGCGGUCUGCUGAUACCAUAGUUUUCUCUUUUUAUAUAUAUAAAGAUUUCUUUUUAUUAGCAUAAGGCUUAUUUUACCAUACAAGUCCAACGUGUAUCAACAUUUCUUUUUUGUUUUUAAAACAAAUAUUGAAAUCAGAAAAAUAAAAUAACAUAAGAAAUUAAUAAUAUUAGAAAAAAUGUGGUAUGAUAUAUUAUUGACAAUGAACCUAUCCUUGUAUCAAAUAUACUUUUAACUACAUAAUCAUAGUAAUAAUAAUAAUAAUAAUGAUAAUAAUAAUAAUAAUAAUAAUUGUUAUUAGUAGUAGUAGUAUUAUUAAUUAUUAUAGACAUUAAAAAUACUUUGUUUUAUUAGAUAGGAAUGUGUAACAGUGAUGCUUAAAUGUUUUAAUACAUGUUGAAUGACUCAAAUUUGUUAUUAUGAAUAUUUUAUUAAAUUAUCUGUUUAUAUUCUGUGUUUAAAAUCAGGGAUUAGGCUGUAUGAAUAUCGAAUCCUGUCUUGUGUUGAUAUAUUUUUUAUGUUAUGAACACAGUUAAAUGAAUGUAUGUAAACAGGAUGAGAUGUGAAACCUGCUGUGAAUGUAAGAAGUCAAAACAGUUUAUAUAUUUUUUUUAUAAUUUAAUCUUUAAUUCAUUCUUGUGUUUUUAGUAUUAUUUUGUUUAAUUGUCUUCACAAACACUGUCUCCUCUCGUGUUUCAAUUUAAAACUAUAAAAUGUGAACAUGUUGAAUAUUUGUUGUUUUCAUUUAUUUAGAAUAAAAAUCACUAACGCUGCACCGACAGUUAUAAAGGUAGGUAGGCAGGUAGGACCCGCAUGUACCUCGGUGGGCUCAUGGGUUUUUACCAGAACAAGAGAGGCGGCGACAUCCAUGUUUUCUUUGUGUUCGUUUGCUUGCUUUUUUUGGCUAAAUAAAUCAUCAAAAACCUGUA